AUGGCUUCCCAGAAUCGCGACCCAGCCUCCGCCAGCGUCGCCGCCGCCCGUAAAGGAGCCGAGCCCAGCGGGGGUGGCGCCCGGGGCCCCGUGGGCAAGAGGCUGCAACAGGAGCUGAUGACUCUCAUGAUGUCUGGCGAUAAAGGAAUUUCUGCCUUCCCUGAGUCGGACAACCUCUUCAAAUGGGUGGGGACCAUCCAUGGGGCCGCUGGCACAGUAUAUGAAGACCUGAGGUAUAAACUGUCCCUGGAGUUCCCCAGUGGCUACCCUUACAAUGCGCCCACGGUGAAGUUCCUCACACCCUGCUACCAUCCCAAUGUGGACACCCAGGGUAACAUCUGCCUGGACAUCCUGAAAGACAAGUGGUCCGCCCUGUAUGAUGUCAGGACCAUCCUGCUCUCCAUCCAGAGUCUGCUCGGAGAGCCCAACAUUGAUAGCCCUUUGAACACACAUGCCGCUGAGCUCUGGAAAAACCCCACAGCCUUUAAGAAGUACCUGCAAGAAACCUACUCAAAGCAAGUCUCCAGCCAAGACCCCUGA